AUGAGCCCAUCAGACGACGAAGAGCCCUUCGGUGAGACUGUCACUAUGGUGGACGAGGAUCUCCCCCCCUCUGCGUCUACUAAGCAGCCCAAGAAGAGCAAGGAUAAGGGCAAAAAGAAAGCAGUUGAGCCGAAGACUACGAGUGCGCCCAGCACCCCGCAACCGGCUGUUACUACUGCGAGCGGGAACCCCCAAAGUCUUGCGGAAAUUGAAGCAGCAUGGCAAAGCGAACUUGAACAAUAUAACGCUGGCACCUUGGACUUGGCUUACGGUAGCGACGACAGCGUCUCUUCUGCUGAGGACGAGCAGGAGCCGAUGGCCCCCACUCCGCCCAAUGUGCCCCCGCCUGGUGUCAGCGCGCCCGCCAUCCCUCCGCCCGCCCCGACUACUCGCGAGGCGGAACGCAUGGUUAUAGAUGUCAGCGACAGCCCGCCGACCGCCGCCUCUGUCCCGCUGCCCAAACGUAAGCAUGCGUCACCAUCUCCCGCGAAGCCGCCCGCCAAACGGCCCAACACCACUGGCGAUCACGUCCCCUCAGACGUUGUUCCCCGCGAGCCUCCGAGCUCCUCCGAUGCGGCCGCCGUCGUCAACACUGGCGAGGGUACCACUCCCAACCCAGCUUUGCGCCGCUGGCAAAUCAACGUCGACCGCCUCCUUCUAGCCAUGUCGGCGGACGAGGUGGAAGAGUUUCUCUUUUCGACGGAGGCCCUUUUCCGCGACCAAGGCACUCAGGGGUUGGAGGUGGUUAGCAAUGCCGUGAGGUCGCGGGCGGCUGCGAUGUCGGAUCAUGAGAGGCAUGUUUUUAUCUUGCAAUCCCCUCCUGGCCGAGGCCUUCUCAAAGUUCAAUUCCACUUCUGA